CUGGCGUAUACCAUUAAUCAAUCUUUGGUAAUAAACUGAUUGUAUAACUACCUAUGGAUUAGUUUGUUUGAACAUUCGUACAUUAAAAAAAAUUGUUUGUGUGAAAAUGGCUUUAGGACUUUAUCUUGGAAUUGGCCUGACAUGGAAGCCUUGGAGACAACCAUACGAGAACUUCAAAUGGAACAAAGAAACAGCAGAGAAACUUCAAAAUGAUGUAUAUGAUAUAAAACCAACAGCCGAGUCUGGUUUGAAAAAGUUUAAAGCCCUUACAAUUGGCAUGUAUGGGCAUGGGAAGUCCUCACUGAUCAACUCAUUUGCUUCUAUAAGUGUUGGCGAAAAAACUACUGUUUGUAAUGCUGCUGAUACGGAAGAAACUGUUACCACGCAUUACAGAAAUUUUGUUUAUCCUGGUACAUUGGGACAGUUUGUUCUAGGCGAUAUUUCAGGACUUCCAUUUAAAAAGGAUAUUCAUCCACUUCUAGAAGAUAUGAAACUUAUUCUACAAGGACAUAUCAAAAGUGGAUAUAAGUUUAAUCCAGAGAAAAGAAUAUCUUCUGAAGACGAGUAUUAUGAAUCAACACCAAAAUUUUCGGAUAGAAUUCAUUGUGUAAUGGUUGUCGUCGACAGUACAAUGGCGUGCGACCUUCAUGCAAGCUUUGUAUACGGCGUCAAGACGAUCAUGCAAAUCAUACAUUCAAUGAAUAUCCCUGUGAUAGCCGUUUUAACGAAAACUGACAAGCUAUCAGAACAUGUCAAAUACAGUGUCGAGUCAAUUUUUCGAUGUAGGAAAAUCCAACAGGCUAUUGAAAGGACAUCUAAGCAACUAGAAAUUCCUGUGCCAAAGAUAUAUCCUGUUGUCACUUUUGAAGAAAUGGAUCACUUUACUUGGAGAGAGUCAAUUCCAAUAUUGAUUGUCAUGAGAUCUCUUUUUCUUAUGGCAAAAAUGCAUUCACACAAUGCUGAUAGGGCUAAAGAAUGAGUAGUAAACAACCACAGAGGUUUAAGUUCGUUUCAGAACCUCUUAACAUACGACAUACAUAUAUUUGUUUGUUUGUUUGUUUGUUCGUUCGUUCGUUCGUUUUGUCCGUUUGUUUGUUUAAAAUGAAAAUGUAAUAUUUUGUUAAAAUGGGAGUUUCGUGAAAAUGUGAUGUCAACAUUUAAUGUUAAAAACGUGUCAACAUCUUAUCAAAUGAUAAAUUGGUAUUGGAGUCCACGAAGUUAUGAUCACUUUGUGAUCAAUGUUAAAGUACAAAUUCCUCCCCCAUAGUCACAUAAUGAAUAAAUGUGUUUGAAUUGUUCUUUUUAAACAAAACACAUGUCAUCUGUAUUUAUUCAUUGAUGGUUUGCUGAAUUGAUUUAUGUAGCGUAUCUUUAUUUUUAUCAAUAAUGAUUUGUUUCUUUUGUUUUAUUCUCAUUUUUAUAAUAUUACAUGUAUUUAUGUUCAUGAUCAUAUGCCUGAAGAAGUUAAAGUAACUAAAAUUGUAUGAAAAAUGAAAAUCUUAACUUUAGAAGUGUAAAGCACAAUUACAAAUAUGAUUUAGUCCAUAAUAGCUCAUUUGUUUUAAUCAUUUUAAUUGUAACUUAAAAGUGAGAAGUUAAAUUUUAUAAAAAAAAAAUAUUUUUAAAAAUAUUUUAUGUAUAGCACGAUUAACUGAUAUUUCUGAUACGUUUUAUUUUUAUUUCAAAAGCAUGAUAAAUCAGGAAAUGCUUUGUCCUGAUUACCACCACCAGAAUUAAUCAUACUAUGAAAAUCUUCCUUUAAAAAAAACAUUGUCACUGUAUUAUACAUUUCGAUAUUAUGAAUGGUUUACAUUUAAAAUACAAAAAAAUGCGUUAUUUUGUCAAAUGUAGCUCAUCUGAAUUACAAGUUGUGGUUGAAAACAAUUACAAAUACUUAUUAUUGCUUAAUAUUAAAAAAACAGAAUAUUGAUAUAGGUAAAAAUGGACAUUUUAAUGAUAAAUUGUACCUUUUCAAAAAAUAAAUACAUGAAAUAAGUGCAUUUCUUUUUGCUUUCAUUUAUAAUCGAUCACUUUGUUUUUUCGUAUUUUUGUUUAAAUUAAUUGAAAGAAUCACAAUGAAUAGCUAUCCCCAUUAUUGAUGUACUUUAGAAUGAAAACAAAAACUGUCUCAAAAAGUAAGAUUCUAAUGUUGUGUUUUAUGUUUGCUGUUAGAAUAUACUAUGCUCAACUUGAGUAAAAUACUUUUAUUGCAGAUUUUUUUUGAAAUCUAGUAAAUUCUUCCUGAAUAUGUUUAACUUAAUUUGAAUGUGUUAAAUAUGUUUGAGACCUGCAUUCCCUAUUAAUAUCAUGUUUAUGUGGUCUACUCUAAUAACAACAUUUUCUAUGAAAUCCUUAUUUGAUUACCUGUAGUGUGUAAAAUUUAAACGGUAUCAUAUCUUCUCCAAGUUAUCAAGAGGUGUUUAUUUUAUAUUUGGAAAGAUACUUUAUAGUAAUUAUCAAUUUUUUUGAUGUCAAAUUUUAUCAUAAUAUAUCUCUAAUAUAUAAAUCUUGCUUAAGAGUUGACCUCAUAGAUAGACAGAUGUUAAUAUUCUCAAACCGUAUUUUCAAAUGUUAAGUCAGUAAUCAGUUAAUCUACAUCAAUAAUACACAUUGUUGAUAAGGCUACACUAACUGAUUUUGCUAUAUGUAGAAGAGGUUCAAACAAUAAAUUAUGAAUAAAUAUGA